AUGCUUCGCGAUUCGGGAAAACCUACCUACCGGUCUUUGGCCUUAUUGUCCCAUGAAGACGACCCUGAGAUUCGCAAAAAGUAUCGACCGUUCGUUCUCAGCGACGAUACAGCUGAGGACUGGAUCAACGAACUAGAAUUAACUACUACGAUUGAAAUGGCCGAGGAGAAUCUCCGAAAAACGAACGACAGGUUAAAGGUUCUGGUACUCUAUGGCAGCCUUCGAAGAAGAUCAUAUUCCCGGCUUGUGGCCUAUGAAGCCUCUCGAAUCCUUUUCCGGCUUGGUUGCGAUGUGCGCGUUUUCGACCCUGAAGGCCUCCCCGUAAAGAACGAUAGCGACCAUGGCCAUCCGAAAGUACAGGAGCUUCGAGAACUCAGUCGGUGGAGUGAUGGGCAUAUCUGGGUUUCACCUGAGCAACAUGGCAAUCUGACGGCGGUAUUCAAGAACCAAAUUGAUUGGAUUCCCCUAAGCACCGGGAGCGUUCGUCCGACUCAAGGCCGGACACUUGCUAUUGCCCAAGUUUGCGGUGGAUCACAAUCCUUUAAUGCGGUCAACUCAUUGCGGAUUCUCGGUCGAUGGAUGCGCAUGUUCACAAUUCCGAACCAAUCAUCAAUUCCCAAGGCAUACACUCAUUUUCCCGACGAAGGUCAGCCUGGGGAUCAAAGACUUGUCUCUAGCGGCAAUCGAGAUCGGCUAGUAGACUGCAUGGAGGAAUUUGUAAAAUACACUAUUCUGAUGCGGCCUCAUAUAGGGCUAUUUGCCGACCGUUUCAGUGAAAGGGAAGAGAAAAGACUGAAAGAAGAAAAGGCGCACCUUCGUGCAGCCAGUAUUGAGACAUGUACAUAG